AUGGCCGCUCUGUAUUCGGCAGGCGAUCCACAGAUCGUCUUUCAGGCCGGUUAUGACAUGCAGUCGUUCCUCUUCGAAUUCCUGCAGUAUUACACCUGCAGACCACUGUAUGCAAGAACCUACGUUUUCAAAGACAAACUGGCAAUAUCCGGACUUCCGGUCGAAGCUGAAAAUCUGUACCGUUACGUGUUGGACAAGGAAAAGUCGUAUGGUCUGCGAGUGAUUCGUAUGAACAUGCCUUCGGUUCGCAGAAUGGAAGAGUCGUUCAUGGAGUACCUGCUAGCAUGCCAUUCAGAGUUGACGGUCAGAGACUCGAUCUUCCAGCACAGCUUCUUCGGUGUCCAUGGGAGCGAUGAGAUCGUCUUUCGCAGCUACCAGCUGAUCAUGCGCGACAAAAGCGACCGUUUUAUCUCGCCAGUGUUUGUUAACAAGCCGGCUACCAAGGAUUGGCUUUGUCUCGAGUUCUACGUGGUGUACGUGGACGCCCGAAAGAAAUUUCCUCUGGACUGCGAAAAAACGGACAACGGACGGUAAUC